CACUGAACCAAAUGUCACGACAUUCACUACAAUUAAAGAUUCCACAGUUAACAUGACAACAUCUGCGGAGGUGGUACAAAACCGCAAGGUUAUAAAAAGGUCCAUCGACGAUAAUGAGUAUGACGACCACAACGAAGAUUAUGACCCCACAUCCUCAUCCGAUGAAAAAUCUUUCGUACGUUACUCGACCCCAAAGAACUAUACUCAGCGUCUGGCCUCAACCUUCAGGAAUAGGAAUAAAACCCCAAGAAGAAAAACAAGCCAUCGUAGGCUUAAUAAAAUUAAGAAAAAGAAGGAAAAAUCAUCCAGUCGUUCUGAUUUUAAAUCCAAGAACAAAGAUGUAAAGUAUAAGCGAAAGAACAAACCAAAAGAUAAAUCCAAGCUUGCAAUUUUAAAGAAAACCAAGAAGCCAAAGGAUAAAAAUGAUAAGAAGAAAAACAAGGGAAAGAAAGAUAAGGACACUGACAAAAAACAUAAGGGCGCGGAUAAAGACGACGAGAAAGAUAAAGACGACGAGAAAGAAAAGGAUGACAAAGACACUGACAAGGACAAAGAUGACGAGGACAAGGACAAGGAUGAGGAGAAAGACAAGGCAAAAGAAGAAAAAGAUAAGGAAGCUGCGAAAGUGAUGAACGCCAAACUAAACCCAAAAGCCCCACUCGAUCUUCCAAUUGUUAAACCCGAACUUCAAAAGCUCGAAAAUGAACCAGCAGCUAAGCUGAUUCCAACCAAAGGGAAACCAUUUCAUUUUCAUAUACCAAUAAUAUCCAAAACACCACAAAAGAAAGUGUCCCUUGAAGAACUCGUAGAAAUUGCUAAGACCUACAAGGAUCCUUUAACUCUCGAUCCUGUGGUGUAUCAGGCUGCAAUAUCCGGUCGAAUACUGACUGAGAAACAGCUCAAAUCAAUGAAACGAAUGAUUCGGGACUCACCAGUACUGGAUUUUCUGAACUUGGCUUCCGUUAUUGGAGGAGGAGGGAUUGCUUCCAUAGUGGAUGGACCGCUGAAGGAUGACUUAAGUGAUCUCAUGGGGGUCAAGCGGUCAGUCGUCGAAUUGACGGCCACAGAAGAGCUACUCCAAGAGCUGGUGGGUGAUGCUGAUGAUCUCAAGAAUUUAGGAGCCUUGGAUAACUUGGACCCUUUCUCUGAAGUCAAUUCUGAAAAAAUUAAGAAAUCGGACGAGCCACUACCACCUCUCAUAGGAAAUUCAUUGCGGAGGAAAAGAGUCCUAAACCAAGGUACACUCCUAAGUAAUCACAAUCCAACGAUUAAACACAGAUCCAAACGGGGAAUUAAGAAUUGGUUUAGGAAAUUGUUUGGAAUGAAAACUGAUAACAGUAGCACCAUUAGUCCUCCUACAUCCACGACCACCGAGACACCUGUAACACAUCACCAAAAAAAUAACCAUCAUCACCAUCAUCAUCAUGGCCAUCAUUCCAAGACUACGACGACAACCACUCCCAAACCAAAGUCGUCUUCCUCUUCGUCCUCUUCAGAGAGUGGAGAGAAAAAAUCAGGAAAAAAGCAUAAACACAAGAAAUCAAAACACUCCCGAUCUAAGCGAGGACUUGGGAAAUGGUUCAAAAAAGUAUUUGGCUUUGGCAAAACAACCACGACCACUACAACCACAACCACUACGACAACCACUUCCAAACCAAAGUCAUCCUCUUCCUCCUCCUCUUCGGAGAGUCAUGAGAAGAAGAAAUCCCAUAAAAAGCAUAAGAAACACAAGUCAAAAAAUAAAUCAAAAACUGAUCAUCACUCUGUGUCGGAGCACCGUUUUGACGCAAAUGGUGAUUCAGAGGUGGACUUUUUACUUCCUGUUGACCUCAGACGUUCCUCAUGGCUCAAAAAACAUUCCAACGACGCCAAGAAGGAGGAAGACGAAGAAGAUGCUGACAGAAAAAAGAAGAGGCAUGACGAGGAAGGAAAAGAGCCUACUAUAAAACGGGGAAAAUGAUGCCAAUAAAAUUUAUACCAAUUAUUUUGCAUUGUGUAUAAGAUAUAAUUAAAAGGUUCAAAAUGUCA